GGUCUGCUGGAGAUCCGCGCCGUGGCCGUGCGCACCGUGGCCAUCAAGGGCGUGCGGAGCUCCCGGUACCUGUGCAUGGACGAGGCGGGGCGGCUGCACGGGCAGCUCAGGUAUUCCACUGAGGAUUGUUCCUUUGAAGAGGAGAUUCGCCCAGAUGGCUACAACGUAUAUAGAUCAAAAAAAUACGGAAUAUCGGUGUCUUUGAGUAGUGCCAAACAAAGACAACAGUUCAAAGGAAAAGAUUUUCUUCCACUGUCUCACUUCUUACCUAUGAUCAACACUGUGCCAGUGGAGUCAACAGACUUUGGUGAAUAUGGUGACUACAGCAAAGACUUUGAGCCAGAGGUGUACUCAUCCCCUCUCGAAACGGACAGCAUGGACCCCUUUGGCAUCACCUCCAAACUGUCACCUGUGAAGAGCCCCAGCUUUCAGAAAUGACCCUGCUCACA